UUACUCUUGACCAGCACCAGACCUAGCGGUUAAUCAACACCCUUCCGGCAAGAUAGAAACUCAACAAAAGACAUCAUGCCCGAGACAAAAGGCCAAGGAGAAAAGAAGGAUCAGUCAGCGCCACCACCUCAACCCAAAGAAGCGCAUGAACAUGAAGAGCAUCAUCAUGGUAAAGACUUUGCAAAAAGGGCUGGCCACGCAAUGACUUUUGGUGCAGGUGCCACUAUUGGAUCAGACGCCGUAAAUGGGGUUAUUAAAAACCUGUAA